AUGGAGACUAAGAGUUUAUGUGAGGAAAAGCGCGAUUUCAACCAGAAUCUAAUCGAAUCGCCCGGCUCGUUUGAACAAUUGUGCGACAUGAUAAACCAAUUAGAAAAAGAUAACAAUAUCGAAAUUGCAGAAUGCAAACAAAUUGACAUGUGCAUUAAAUACGACGCCGUGCUGGAGCCAGCGUUGCGCAAUUACACGGAACAAAUCGAGCCGGAGAGAGAUGCGACUGGUGAAAAAUGCACGUCACUCGCGUCGACCUAUGAGGACAUAAUGUCCUUCUUAGGAAGCUUCGAAAAUGAUGAUACACGAGAGAAUAAUAUUAUUGCCAACGACGCGACAACUAUAAUUCCAUUCUGUCGAGGACUUAGCAGAUACGAGACGGGAGAGCAGCCGAUUUCCAGCUGCCAACAGGACGAUCUGGAGACUGCGAGAUUGCAGAUAGAGGAGAAGAAUGCGACGAUCGAAUGUCUGAAGGACCAACUGAAGUCUGAGCGUAAGGCGGCGUGCGACAAGAUGACGACGCAGAGGCGAUGCCAUGCCACGAAGGCGAAAGAACUGGAGAACAAGUACAGGACGAUUGUGAAGCGCCAUCAGAAGUUCAUCGAGCAGCUGAUCGCUGAGAAAACGGAUCUCACGCAGAAAUGCGACUCGCUAGUGCGACAGAUAAAGGAGACAGAGCGGAAGAUCCAACGGGAUGUGAAAGUAAUUAACGAGAGGCACACAGUGGAACUGCAACGCGUGAAGGAGAAUGCCGCGGCGUCGGAGAAGAUACGGCGCGAACGAUGGCUGGAAAUGAAGACCUCGAAAAUCAAGGAGAUGACGGUGAAGGGGCUGGAGCCGGAAUUGCACAACAUGAUGGAGCAACAUCAAGGGGAGAUACAGGAGCUGAGACGCGCGCACAUAAAGGAGUUACAGGACGUAGAAUUGCGGGCGUUGCGUCGAUCGAAUCAGCAAUUGGAGCAACUGAGAAUCGAAUUGACAGACAGCCACGAGAAGCUGUUGACCAAGGAAAAGGACGUACUGACGGCACGAUACGAGGAGAAAUUGGAGAAGCAAGAGACGCACUUCCAGACGAUGCAGAGCACACUCGCGGAGCGUUUCGAGAGGGACAGAUCGAAUCUGCUGGCGGAGCAAAAGAAACGCGACCAGGAAACAAGCGCGAUGAUGCAACAGGCGCAGUCGCACUUUCAGAAAGAAGCGGAAGCGCUGCGGGAGCAACACGAGAGUGCGAAGAAAAAUUUCGAAGAAUCCUUGAGAAAAGAGUGGCUCGUCUGGGCGGAUGAUUACAAGAAGCAACAAAACGCGAGUUUCACGAGAGCGGAAGCUAAGAUUCGUAAUGAUUGUCAGAGGGAGAGGGACAAGCAGAUAGAAAUCGCUAUAUCCAGACUGGAGAAAGAAUCUCGCGAUAUGCGAGCGAAGUUGCAGCAAAAUUUCGAUGAUAAAUUUGAGCUAAUGAAAGAAGAAUACGACGCAAGACUGCAAGCUGCGAUUAAAAGUGAGAACGUUUAUAAAAACAAAUUAUUGUUAUUGGAGGAGAGAUUUGCAUCCACAGAAAUACAGCUUGAAAAGACGGAAAAUAAAUUUAAAGAAUGUACGUCGAAUCUACGUGACAUGGAUCAGACAAUCGCAAAGUUGACCGUAGAGAGGGACAACGCGAAAGAAAUAGCGAGACAAGAGAUCGAGACAGAGAAAAGGGAGCUGGAAGACAAGAUCGCCUCGCUCUAUCAAGAAAUAACUCGGAAUAACGUCAACACAGAUCAAUUUAUGGCACAAUUGUACAGCAGGGUAAAGCUCGUAAUCACUCAAAAAGUUCUGGUUAUAAAGGACCUCAAUAAAAAGCUCAACGGCGCAAUUUCAAAGUGCGAACAUUUAGAAAAGUUGUUAGAUCAGCAAAGAAAAGAAUAUAUCUUAAAGUCCUUGUAA